UGCUGUCAAUUCUCCGGUCGCCUGUUUAAAACUGGUGAUGAUACUUUCACUGGCACCUGCAGAAGAGCUAAGGCAACCUCAAGCAACUAAACGUUUUUUGGGGAAAGGAAGGCAGGUUAGUGACUGGAAAGUAAGAAAGCCCUGCUGAUUUCAUGGGGUGGAGCUUGCUGAGUAACCAGCAGUGUUGUAAUGUGACCCUGGACUAUUGAGCUUCUGGGGCCCGACUUUAUGAAAUAAUUUAGACUUUUUAUACAUUUUCUGUACUUGUCUCAUGUGAGGAAGACCCAGGAAGCAGGCACUGAAUAUGCAGAGCAGCCAGAAAGAGCAUCUCUACAAAGUUCUAGUGAUUGGAGACUUAGGAGUGGGGAAAACAAGCAUCAUCAAACGCUAUGUGCAUCAGAACUUCUCACCCCACUACAGGGCGACCAUAGGGGUGGACUUUGCCCUGAAAGUUUUGAACUGGGAUGUGGAGACAGUUGUCAGACUUCAGCUGUGGGACAUAGCAGGCCAGGAGCGGUUUGGAAACAUGACACGGGUGUAUUAUCGAGAAGCACUGGGUGCAUUUAUCGUCUUUGAUGUGACUAGGCCAUCAACAUUUGAAGCAGUGUCAAAGUGGAAAGAAGAUUUAGACUCUAAACUUACUCUGCCAAAUGGCAAACUUGUUCCAGUGGUACUACUAGCCAAUAAGUGUGAUCAAGGAAGAGAGCUACAUGUGAACAAUGGCAUUAAAAUGGAUCAGUUCUGCAAGGAAAAUGGAUUUGUUGGCUGGUAUGAAACUUCAGCAAAGGAAAAUAUAAACAUCGAUGAGGCUGCUCGCUGCCUGGUGCGGAAUAUUAUUGUCACUGAAAAUUACCUUGUCCAUUCAACAGAGUCUGGUCUUGUACUGCCACAACUCAAUUCUACCAAAACAAUACGGUGCUCUGCCUGCUUCAAGACAUAGGAUCGUUGUACAUUUAUAUCAAGCAUGUAGAUAAUGCUCCUGAGAAAAAUGCUAAAACUUUAUUAUGCCAAAAACUGUAGUUUAUAUAACUAAAAACAGAUAAAAGAAAAAUUAUUUAACCGAGUCAAAAAUAAAAUUAAAAAUAAUCUUUUGUAUAUGGUAUUUUUUCUGAAUAUAUUUGCUGUGUAAGAAACUAAGACCAAUGUGCUGACUGUAUGUAGUUAAAAGAGGUGGAAAAGGUCAGAGUCUAAAAAUGCUUGACAUGUUCAGAAUCCUUUUUGUG